CAAACCUCUCCAGAGACGAGACUCGACCUGUCGCUGCAGCGCAUGACCUGCAGGCCGCGCACAGACACAGACAUGGCCGCGAAGGCGCAACUCUCCAGCUGGCCUGAAUAUCCAGAUGAGUUCGCCCUGCUGCAGCAGAGGAACUUGGUCGGCAGCGUCAAAACUUGGAUUUCUUCUGAUUCUGUUCGCGCUUUUCCAGCUACAGACACGCGGCUUUCCCCUGAGAAGAUGGGAGAACUCCACGAGUGCAUGUCCACAACGACAGCCAUCGUCGAGGCCGGCCAGGGAGGAAAGGCUGCUGAUGGUGGCAAGACGGGCGCGUUGGGUCCCCAGAGACACCGGCGCGUUGCAGCCAACGCACGCGAGAGGAGGAGGAUGCACGGGCUGAAUAAAGCCUUCGACGAGCUGAGGAGCGUCAUCCCCUCCUUGGAGAACGAGAAGAAGUUAUCCAAGUAUGACACCCUCCAGAUGGCGCAGAUUUACAUCACGGAGCUGUCUGACCUCCUGGCGGGUGUGGUGCACAAAGAGUGCAGGAGUCCGGCGGACAAGACCCCCAGGAGGAGUCUGAUCCACUCCAUCCGCCCUCCAGCCAGCGCGCAGAGCCAACCCCUGCUGACCGGAGAGCAGCAUCAGCACCAGCAGCGAGAGCCACCAGCCUCCAUCAACCACCUGAUCAUCCUCGGACCUCCACAUGGCUUAGAAUCCAGCGCAUCGGGGGCCUGCUCCAGCAGCAGCGAUGGGGAGUCCUCCCCCCUCAGCGACACGGAGGACAGUCAUUGUGGGAGACAGUGA